CAGGGAGCUCCUGGCAGCCACCAUGAAGGGCCUCAACCUGCUCUGCUGCUGCGUGGCCUCGCUCCUGCUCCUUGGCACUGCAGAGCUGCACGCCCCCGGCAUGGACCAUGUCGGCGGCGCUCCUGAAAGCCCCUUGCCAGCCGCAGAGCCCAGGCUGGAGGAGAAGGCAGCCGACGGCAGCCCUGAGGAGGACCAAGAUGGCAUCCCCGCCAAUGCCUCUUUGCCCAGCACCACUGAGGAUGGACGUGGCGAGGGGGAAGAAGAGCCAGCAGGUGGCCUGAGCGGGGACCCUGGGCCAGGGGACGGCCAGCUGGAGGAAACCACCAUGGAGAAGGGCCAGGAGGGUCCCAGCGAGGCGCAGGGCCCACGGGAGGAUGCCAUGUUGGGCACCCCUGAGGCAGCACAUCAUGAAGGGAAUCGCCGGUCUGGCCCACAAGAUGGCUUCUGGGCCCGGGAGGAUGAGGAGCCUGGUGCUGAGGAAGGAGUCUCUGAGGAGCAAGGGCAGCCUGGGGAAAAGAAAAUGGAGGAGCCAAGAGCAGUGUCUGCUCCAGAGGGGGGAGAGGAAGGGGGCGAGCAGAGCUCAGAGGAAGAUGACGAGCAGGGGGAGUCUGAGGAAGAUGAACAUGGCAAGUCUGAGGAAGAUGGAGGCAAGGGAGAGUCCGAGGAAGGAGAGUCUGAGGAGGAGGGAGAGUCUGAGGAAGAUGGUGCUGGGCCAGUGGGGCCAGAGGACGGAGCUGAAGGGAGCGACAAGGCAGCAGCCAGCGCUUCCGGCAAGAACGGCCAUGGCAAACCUGCAGCUGCCGGCAAGGGAGAAGCUGGGCGUGGCCCUGCCAGCUGCCAUCACCCGCCCUGCGGGGAUGCAGCAGAAGACCCCGCAGCAGCAGUGGAAGACCCACCAGCAGCAGAAGACCCGCCGGCAGUGGUGGAAGACCCAGCAGCAGUGGAAGACCCACCAGCAGCAGAAGACCCGCCGGCAGUGGUGGAAGACCCGCCGGCAGCAGAAGACCCGCCAGCAGUGGUGGAAGACCCACCAGCAGCAGAAGACCCGCCGGCAGUGGUGGAAGACCCACCAGCAGCAGAAGAUCCCCCUGCAGACAAGCCAUCGCUGGCAGAAACGGAGAGCCCACCUGGCCACGGCACCCACCCUGCUGAGCCCCGGCACGGCCAGAUAGAAGAGGUUGAAGAUGCCAGCGAGCCGACCAAGCGCGACCGGUCCCACUUGGAGAGCACCCUCAAGCUGAACGAGGACAAACCUGCCGAUGAUUUCUCAGGAGUACUGCAGCGGCUGAGGAAGAUCUACCACUCCUCCAUCAAGCCCCUGGAGCAAUCCUACAGAUACAACGAGCUGAGGCAGCACGAGAUCACAGCUUACCCCGGACGCACCCUGGGCUCCUCUGCCACAGAUGGGGAGAUCACUUCCAAGCCAAUGGUGCUAUUCCUGGGACCGUGGAGUGUUGGCAAAUCCUCCAUGAUAAACUACCUCCUCGGUCUGGACGACACUCCCUACCAGCUCUACACAGGGGCAGAACCCACCACCUCCGAAUUCACUGUCAUCAUGCAUGGCCCCAAGCUGAAGACCAUCGAGGGCAUCGUGAUGGCUGCUGACAGUGCCCGCUCCUUCUCGCCCCUGGAGAAGUUUGGGCAGAACUUCUUGGAGAAGCUGAUAGGGAUCGAGGUGCCCCACAAACUGCUGGAGCGAGUCACCUUCGUGGACACACCGGGCAUCAUUGAAAACCGCAAGCAGCAAGAACGAGGUUACCCGUUCAACGACGUGUGCCAGUGGUUCAUUGACAGAGCUGAUCUCAUCUUUGUUGUCUUUGACCCUACGAAGCUGGAUGUGGGCUUGGAGCUGGAGAUGCUGUUUCGCCAGCUGAAGGGCCGCGAGUCUCAGAUCCGAAUCAUCUUGAACAAAGCUGACAGCCUGGCUACCCAGGAGCUCAUGAGAGUCUACGGUGCCUUAUUCUGGAGCCUGGCUCCUCUCAUCAACGUCACGGAGCCACCCAGGGUGUACGUUAGCUCCUUCUGGCCCCAGGACUACCAUCCGGAUACCCACAAAGACCUGUUCCUCAAAGAAGAGAUAUCGCUCCUGGAAGAUCUCAACCAGGUGAUUGAGAACAGGAUGGAAAAUAAGAUCGCCUUCAUACGCCAGCAUGCCAUCCGGGUGCGCAUCCACGCCCUUUUGGUCGAUCGCUAUCUACAGACCUACAAGGACAAAAUGACCUUCUUUAGCGAUGGAGAACUGGUGUUCAGGGACAUUGUGGAAGAUCCUGACAAGUUCUUUAUCUUUAAGUCCAUUCUGGCAAAGACCAAUGUCAGCAAAUUUGACCUCCCCAACCGCGAGGCUUACAAGGACUUCUUUGGCAUCAACCCCAUCACCAGUUUUAAGCUGCUGUCUCAGCAGUGUUCCUACAUGGGAGGGUGUUUCCUAGAGAAGAUCGAGAAGGCCAUCACUCGCGAGCUUCCCGAUCUCUUGGGAAGCAUCGGCUUGGGAAAGAAGCCCAACAUUCUCUCCUGCGACAUCACUGGCUGUGGCGAAACCCCAAAGAAUCGCUACAGGAAACCCUAAGGUGUUCUGUAACAUAACCGUCCACGUGUUCCUACCGGUGAAUGAGCUUAUGUCUUAUCUGUCCAAGAAGCCACGGUUUGUUAACCCUUUGAGUGCCACACUGGCAAAGGCUACUGUACGAUGAGGACUUUGAGUCAUUGACAUCGAUGGCAGGGGAAGAUGGGUGGGCAUAAGAAAGAGAAUAAAAACUGUGAAUUCCUGACAUUUUAUCUUUGUUCUUUCGAGUAGAAGGCAAUGUUUAAGCUGUAAGUAUGAGCAAUGCACGGUGAGCUAGAACUGUAGCUGCUUUUUCACUGGUGCCAAGAGUACAUGAACAGGAAUUUCAACCGCUGCAUCCCCGAAGCCGGCAGGAAGCGAGAACGAGGGCACGAUGUGAGAGCCCAGGGGAGAGCGGUGACACACUAACCCGGGGCAUCACCGGGAGCCCCGGGGGCAAAGCGCUGGGCAGGGAAAGAAAGGCCAAGUCCCAGCUGUUGUUUUCAGGCACAAACAUCCUACAAAUCUCUGCAAAUAUUGAUCUUGUUUUUCUUUCCGAGACUUUUAGGUCGCUCAGUGAGUUCUCCUUUCGCAUAACAGCUGAGUUGAACUUCUGCAGCCUUCACCUGGGUGUUUGCCUUAAGAAGGGGCUUUUGCAGGGGCAUUUGUAGCUCCAGACAGGUAGCCGUGAUGGGAUUUGCAAGUCCAUGUCAGAGGAAGAAGUGGGCUGGAAAGGAGCUGCCAGCACUGGCCGCGCUGUGCUGCAGGAGGAGGACCAGCACCCCAAAUCACACAGUCCUGCAAGGAGCAGUGAGCAGGUUUUCCUCGCCCUGGGCCACCACAGGGACAGGGCACUUGGUCCCUGCGUGUGCCGCCAACCUCAAAAACCCAUCCUGGCCAGACAAGCCUGAGGAUCAGCAGGGCUCCGAGGGUAAAGCAUUUAGCAGUUCUACCUUGUUCAAGUCCAUGUUGCUGUUUUCUCAGAGUCAGACCCCCAUGUUUGUGUCCUCUGUGGAGGGAGGCAGGAAUGGGGGGGGCACUAGCCGCAUCCUUUUUGCCCAUCUGCUGAUCUGUUCUCCCUAGGACAACCCAGGCAGGUUUCUCCGGCUUGUUUGCCAAACUUCCCCUGUUUUAGCCACGAUUUUGUUGGCUCAUCUCUGUGCAUCGGCGCUCAGUCCUGGGAGGAGAAGGAGUAUUGCUUCGGAAGCACCCGAGCAGGGUGAGGUUCCCCGCGGACAGCUGACCUUGAAACCUGGCAGUGAAAGCCAGAGGAUUAGGGCUGGCCUUGUCACUUGGCCCUCACGGCCAGCACGGCAGGCUGCCGAGCCGAGCACAAACCAAGAGGUAGAUGUUGCCCUGGAUGGAGACUGGUGCCUUCAAGCCCACCAACGACCUGCUAAACGUCCUUUCUCCUUCCUCCUGCCAAAUGACCACAGCUAGGGCUGCUCUCCAGGAAACCUCUGGAGCAGGGGGACUUACCUUUGGCAGGAACAAGAAGACAUGGAUGUGCCACAUGAGGCAAGAAAAAGGCAAAAGGAAUGAAAGAGGG